AUGCGAAAUAGAAAUAUCGAUCUCAGUCUUACACCAAUUGAACCAGUAAUAGGGCAAAUAAAUACAAGAUCAACUAAUUUCAAAGUAGAACGUAAACAGUUUCCUCUAGUUCCUUGUGAAGCAAUGACUAUGUACAAAAUUCAAGGUGGUACUUAUGAAAGAGUCGUUGUCAAUCUAAAGAAAGGGAUGACACAAUCUGAAUUAUAUGUCUCUUGUAGUCGUGCAACAAAAUCAAGUGAUUUAUAUUUAAUUGGCGAUUUUGUUCCACCAAAACCACCUGAACCUAAUGAUGCAGUAGCGAUGAUGUUUAAAAACAUCAGAUCUGAGCGAAUGCUGAAAUUUUCACUUGAAUUUCCUGAAGAAUCUCAAGAAGAAAGAUUUUCUAUUAUGUUUCAUAAUGUACAAUCAUUGAAUAAACAUAUUUCAGAUAUUAAAUUUGACAAAAUAUUUUUGUCUUCUUCCAUGAUAAGUCUUGUCGAAACAUGGACAAAACCUGGUGACUCUUUAGAAAUUGAAGGUUUUAAGAUAGUUCAAAGACGUGAUUGCAAUGACAUACGAAAACCAUUUGGUCAAAUUACUUAUUUAAGAAAUGACUUGAACCAUCAAAAUAUUCUCGAAAAAUAUGAAUAUUCAGGCAAAAACCAUAUUGAAUAUUCCUCAAUAAAAAUUGAUGAUAUCUGUAUUAUUUCUGUUUACAAUUCACCAAAUGCAUCACUCGAUGUCUUAAAACGAAGUAUUAAGGAAGUUAUAACUGUUUCGAAACAAUUUUGUGAAAAUAUAAUUGUUGUUGGUGAUUUUAAUAUAGAUUUGAAGAUAAGAACCAAUUACAAAUUUAUUGAAUAUAUGGAAUCAUUCGGGCUUACUUUGAAUAAUAAAUUAUAUAAAAGCUCAACUAAUGCCAAAACACAGAUUGACUAUUGCUUCACUAAUGUGAACAGCUUGAAAUCUGAUUAUUUUGAAAGUCUCACAAGUUUUCAUAAACCAAUAUGGAUCAGAAAACAUAAAGUUGUGACUAAGUCUCAUUUUGAUGAAACUGAAGACAUUGAUACAAAUAUACCUUUAAAGAUCGAAGAUUUUAUAAGUGAUGAUCAAUCUGACACGAUGGAAGUCGAUGAGAAAUUCGUUUUUGAACGUCAUGAAGCAGUUGAUAAAAACGGAAACGAACAAAUUGACUUAGAUAUGUCUUUCUGUUUGGAAGAUCUCACAGUUAAUGAGUCAUCUGAUGCGAUGGAAACUGAAGAAAAAUCUUCUUCCGAAAACUAUGAAAUCAUUGAUUUAAACUCAAGAAAGAUUCUUGAUCACUUUCUUCUUGUACUUGAUUUUAAUAAUACCACAGAGACUAAUCAAAUUUCAAGUCACACUAAAAUAAUCAAUGAUUUAAUUGAAAAGUCGCCAUUUAUAACUGUGCAUAAUAAAGACCAAUCCGUCCGAUUAAAGUCGAAAACAGAAUAUUCUGUUCAAGCGUUCGAUUCAGUUUAUGCUAGAACUCGUACGACUGCAGAUGGCAACUGUUUAUAUAGUUCUCUUUCAAUAUUAAAUAUCGGAUCUGAAAAACUAACACAUUCGAUGAGAUUGUUGGCAGUCAAUGCAAUGAUUAAUAAUAGCGAUUAUUUCCAAAAACUUUGUAAAGUAUUGCACUAUUCAUUUGAAGAACAGUUGAAAAGAACAGCUAUGGAUACAAUAUGGGGUGGAGAAGUUCAAAUUCAAGCGCUUUCGAUAGCUCUAUCCCAUCCGAUCUAUUCAUAUAUUCAGUUUAACAGUGAUCCAAAAAAUAGACAUUAUAUUUCAUUGGAUAUUAGUUUACAAGAAUUAAUCGAUCGAUUUAAUAAACGGACAGCAGGUGGUCAUUUAAAAUAUAUAGGAUACAAAUCCGAUAUGAAUAAAUUAGGAUUUUGUGUUUAUUACAACGGUACGCAUUAUGAUGCUCUCUUACCUUUUCAAGAUAAUCCUCAACAAUUUGUACCGCACUAUGAUUUAAUCACCAUGAGUUUAUAA